AUGGCCGGCUUCCGAGCCGCCUUUGCGGCCGUGAGGGCCGCACUCGAGGACGAGAUAGCAGCUGCCCAUCGACAGAUCCAGCAGCUGCGCGAGGAGCUGCGGGUUCUGAAGAAUAAGGCGCCUGUCCCCGCCACGCAGACGACCACCGCCUCACCCCCUGCAGAAAAGCAGGAGGCACUGCACCUGGAGAUGGACGUCGAGAUGCCUGCUCUGCUUCCCGAUGUGGAGACAGACACAAGAACUGGGGAAGAGACGCCGUCCGCUUCCUCACACGAUGAGGAACAGGCAUCAGAAGAAGAAGCAUAUCGUCAAAAUGUGUUCUGCAAUUCUGCAAUUCUGAAUAAAGUGAUUCGUAGUUUUAUUCAUAAACAGUUUUUUCAAGCUGAACAAGUAAGAUUCCUCUCAUCUGAACGAAGCCAAACUAAAGGUAAUUUUUCCUGGGAAGAUCCACUGAACCUUGAGUCACAGCUUACAAAAGAUGAAAUCAGAAUAUGAGACACUGUCCGAGCUUACUGCAGUGAGAAGCUGGCACCUCGUAUUACUCUUGCUCAUAGAAAUGAAGUAUUUGUCAGAGAGAUUAUGAAACAAUUUGCUGAACUAGGAAUUCUUGGUGCUACCAUUCAGGGGUAUGGAUGUGCUGGUAUUCCCAAUGUAGCUAGUGGACUGAUGUGCCGUGAGGUGGAACAGAUUGAUAGUGGUUAUCGAUCUGCCAUGAGUGUGCAGUCUUCCCUAGUUAUGGGUCCAUUUCAUGAUUUUGGUACACAACAACAAAAGGAAAAGUUUCUUCCAAGUAAGUUGGCAAAAGGUGAGCUUAUUGGUUGCUUUGGCCUGACUGAACCAGACCAUGGAAGUGAUAUAGCUGCAUUACAAACGAGAGCAAAGUACUCAGCGGCUACUAAAUCAUAUUUCCUUACUGGAAGCAAGACAUGGAUAAGCAAUGCCCCAAUUGCAGCUAUUUUAAUUAUUUGGGCAAAAUGUGAAGACGGCAAGUUACGAGGAUUCAUUGUGGAAAGGAAUGGAACUUAUGGAUUGGCAACACCCAAAAUAGGAGGCAAAUUCUCACUUUGGGCACCUGCUACAGGAAUGAUUUUCUUAGAUGAAGUUGAAGUUCCAGAGGAAAACGUUCUUUCUGGUGUGACUAGUUUCAAAGGACCUUUUACCUGUCUUAGUAAUGUUCGUUAUGUUAUUGGCUGGGGAGCCCUGGGUGCAGCAGAGUUUUGCUUAGCAGAAGCACGUCGAUAUACACUAGAGCGUCACCAGUUUGGACGGCCUUUAGCAGCCACCCAGCUCAUUCAGAAGAAAUUAGCAGAUAUGCUUACAGAAAUAUCAAUAGCUCAUUCAGAAGAAAUUAGCAGAUAUGCUUACAGAAAUAUCAAUAGGUCUUCAAGCAUGUCUUCAUGUGGGUUGCCUGAAGGAUAA